AUGAGAGUCCAGGUCAAGCACACGGGCAAUCUGUACGCCAUCAAUGUGGACGUUUCUAGGUCGGCGACCGACUUCAAGCAGGCCAUAUACCAAGCGACUGGUGUACCCAUCGAGCGAAUGAAGAUCAUGCUCAAAGGCGGCAUGCUCAAGGAUUCCGCCAAUCUGAGCUCGUUUGACUGGAAGGAGGAUCAGAUUGUUACAGUGGUAGGAUCUGCUGGGCCCAUACCUCAGGCGCCGGCAAUACCCGCGCAGUUCCUGGAGGAUAUGGACUCAAUCACCUCCGCGCAAGGACUCUCUGAUCCCGUCGGUCUCUACAACCUCGGACAGACAUGUUACCUCAACUCCACGAUGCAGAUGCUUCGGUCGAUCCCGCAGAUACCGGCCGCUCUUGACGGUGCCCUCAAAAACCCAACAUCUGCUGAGGGCCGACUCACCUCCUCUGUCAAAGGGACCUUGCGCUCCAUGUCCAAGGACGCUGUUCCAGUUUUACCGAUGGAUCUGCUUUCCACCCUGCGCGUGCUCGCACCCCAAUUCGCUGAGAGGGAUGCCCGGGGCCAGUAUGCUCAGCAAGAUGCGGAUGAGGCUUGGACUCAGAUCAUCAAUUCUCUGCGCUCGUCUAUCCCAGGCGAGAGCGGAUCAUCAUCAUUCAUCGACGGCCUGAUGGGCAUCCAAUUACGGACCAGUCAAAAGUGCCUCGACAACGUUGAGGAGACGAUGACCGAACGUUCGGAGACGGUCCUAAAAUUGGAGUGCAACAUCUCGGUGACGACCAAUUUCCUCUUGUCAGGUAUCCAAGAGUCACUUUCACAGCAAGUGGAGAAGAGCAGUCCCUCCUUGGGGCGGUCGGCAUCGUAUUUACAUCAAUCCCGCAUGGCCCAGCUACCGCAGUAUCUUUCGGUCCACAUGGUCCGUUUCUACUGGCGACGAGACAUUCAAAAAAAGGCCAAAAUCAUGCGCAAAGUCAAGUUCCCCUUGCAGCUAGACGUGUCAGACUUGAUGACCGAUGAGCUUCAGAAGAUCACCCGAGCGGAUAACAUUGCGGUGAAAAGGAUCUCGGCUGCCCGGGAGGAUCGACGCCGGAAUGCCAAUAAAGGCGUUAUCAAAGGCAACCAGCAAGACGAAGAAUUGGAGCUGCGUAGGCAGGAGCACGAGCAGAUGGCUAGCUCCUCCGCCAAAACUGAGGUGUCGGGGUCGGGGAUCUACGAGCUCUGCGGUAUGGUGACGCACAAAGGCGCUUCUGCAGAUUCAGGGCACUACAUGGGGUGGACUCGAAAGGAUGAACCGCUAGCCCCGCUCAACACGGAAAUGUGGCUCAAGUUUGAUGACGACAAAGUCUCCACCGUCUCUGCUGUCGAAUUCGCGAUAUUGUCUUCCCUCAACCCAACAAUCCUCCACAUCCACAACCACAACUCCACCCUUCCAACCACAAACCACUCUCAAGUCUUUACAAUGGACGCUUUCACUGCCACCCUUAACAUCUCCGAGGCCCCCGUCGACGCCGAAAACCACCGCAGCAUGUGGACCUACGGUUGCGUCGUCGCUCAGUCCACCCCUGUCACCGAGGCGCCUAAGGACGCCGAGAACCACCGCAGCAUGUGGACUUACGGUUGUGUCGUCGCUUAA